AUGUUCAUCGGAGAAAUGGGCUGCUGGCUAGUCGUUGCGCUGACCUUCCUCUACCGUCAAUAUGUCGCCCCCAGGCUGUCAAGUGAUCCCUCCCCGCUCCUAGCAGGCGGAUACCGCCCGAUCAACGGCGAAGCAAACGACGAAGAACACGCAGACGAACUGGACGAUGGCACGUACAAGCCUAUCGAGGACCGCAUUCCACUUCGUGGGUGGAAGGUCUUCCUUCUCGCCGCCCCUUCUACCUGCGAUAUCGCCGGCACGACUCUCAUGAAUGUAGGCCUGCUCUUUGUCGCAGCUAGUAUCUACCAAAUGACCCGAGGUGCCCUCGUUCUCUUUGUCGGCCUGUUUAGUGUCCUCUUCCUGCACCGCAAGCUCUACAUGUAUCAAUGGAGUGCGCUAUUCAUCGUUGUUCUCGGCGUGGCGAUCGUCGGCCUGUCGGGUGCUUUGUUCAGCGGCGAUUCGGGACACGAUAUCACGCAGAAUGCCCAGAGGGCCGUCCUGCAUGCUCGUGCUGUAGCACAAACUCCUGAGGCUGUCCAAACUAUCAUUGGUGUAUUGCUUAUUGCCGCUGCGCAGAUCUUCACUGCCUCACAGUUCGUGCUUGAGGAGUGGAUUCUGGAAAAUUACGCCAUGGAUCCUAUCCAGGUUGUUGGAUGGGAAGGUGUCUUUGGAUUCUUGGUCACUCUCAUUGGCAUGGUGAUUAUGUACAUCGUCGUUGGAAGCACCGAUGCUGGCCGUUACGGAUACUUCGAUAUCAAGGAGGGUUGGAGCGAGGUUGUUCACAACCGUGCAAUUGCUGUGUCAAGUGUUUUGAUCAUGAUCAGUAUUGGUGGCUUCAACUUCUUUGGUUUGUCUGUCACCCGUACCGUCUCCGCUACGUCUCGUAGUACGAUUGACACAUGCCGUACGCUCUUUAUCUGGAUAGUCUCGCUCGGCCUAGGCUGGGAAUCUUUCAAAUGGCUCCAGGUUGUUGGAUUUGGCCUGCUUGUCUAUGGAACCUUCUUGUUCAAUGACAUCGUCCGCCCGCCGCUCAAGGCUUGUUUGCCUCGUGAGCAUAGGGAGGGCGAGGUCUUGCUCCCCGAGGAUCCUAUCGAGCAUAUCUGA